CUUGUUAUUAUUUAUUUAAUUAUAAACGGAUACUUUGUAAAGUUUUAAUUCUCUCAAAGAGUCUUCGCGAUAUUUUUAAAGGCACAAAGUAAAAGACGACAUUUAAAUUAAAAGAAAAAUCGACUUUAAGCUCCUCAAAGAGUCUGUUGAUGAAAUAAUUUGUCGUGUAAAUUGCGCAACGCUCUGUAUAUACAAACACACGCAUAAUUAGAUAUUAUAUAUAUAUACCCAAAGCUUGUAUUUCCUGCGUUCGUUCGUGUAAAGCCUCAUUUCGUCACACACACACAACACACACACAUAUUUAUGAUAAGUAAACCGUUUAAGCGGCGUCUCAUUAUCGUAACAGAAUCGUUUAACUUCGAAAGCGUCUUUCAGGGGAGAAGCUCGCGCUUUUGUGCAGCUGAGCGUGAUCUGCUGUAAUAGUCCUUCGUUUCCUUCUUCUUCUCUUUGUUUUCUUUUGCAAGCGACUGAACUAAAGUGCUGUGUGUGAUUCCUCGUGGCUACGUUGCGUUCUAUACGCGAACUCGAUGUGGCGCGUACCUUCAUUACGUAUCCCUUGGCUCUUACGUUUAGCGUGGAAUUAGACAUAAUUUCGUUUGGCGAGUAAAAAUCUUAUCAGAUUCCGAGCGCGACGAUUCUCGUUUUAUCACGGAUCUCGCGCAAAUCUGAAAACAAAGACUCGCGAUAAUUUCCCCGAUUGUAAAUGUAAUUCAAAACGAUUCGCCGGGAAAUUUGCAUUUCUUUCCUUUAUCACCCGAAUACAUCGCGUCUUCGCGAUCCUUAUCGCCGAGAUUGAAUUUUACCGAGCUUCUGUAAACGGAUUUUCCAAUCUUAUCGUUCUCAUUUUCCUCCUCUCGUCGGCGAGAAUCGUCGAGGAGAGAACGGAAACGAGAAGAGAAUAGAAUUUUCGAAAAUUACCCUCUCGAGUCGCAUCGAACGCAACUUAAUCGAGUUUCACCGAGAGACAAUUUUAUGUACCUGUUACGACUGAUUAUUAUCGUGUUGUACAUCGCUAAGGAACAGUGAGAGAGAGAAUACGUGUACAUGUAUGUACAUACACAUGCCCGCGCGCGCGCGUAUGUAUAUAUAUCUAUAUAGUAUAUUACCGUAAUGUUAUACGGAUUGUUUUGUAAACUAUCGUUAUACAUCAUUGGCUGCUUGUUACCGACGGCUUUUGCGAUCGGCUGAUAAACACAUCGCUGAACCAUAUGUACAUAUCGAGUUCUAAGAAGGGCACGCGGGGAGCGUGCGUACGGGAGAAGGGUCAGUUGCACCACGAGUUAGCACAUUUUUUAAUAGAGAUACUCGGAUUAGAGAUCCACACUGGAGAGACUCCUCGCUUCCUUUUCACCGCGAUAAGAAGAUACAUGUAAAAGAGCGAAAUUCGAUCGCGCGAAUUGUUUUUGUCAACGAUACCUCGACCCUUGCUCGGUCAAACUUCGGAUAAGUCAACCCUGGUGAAAAAAUGUCUCAGAAUUUCUAUAAAAAAUUUCCUCAAAAUGUGCUCGGAAUUUUUCAGAUUUUUUUAUACGAAUUGGAACGUUUUCCAGAAACACUCAAACAAAGUACUAAUGAAAUAUUGCAGAUUUUUCCCGUCAACACAUUUUUGUGGAAAUAAAUAUAUCUGCGCAAUCGAUCAGAAAUAUUUUAGUACCCAUAUGAAAUACAUACGGGUACUGGAAUAUUCUGAAAGUCUUUCAUCCAAUAAUCUUUCUGAAAGUAUCUAUAUAUAUUUUUGUUUAGAGUUAUUCACAGGUUUAUAUUCUCAAAAAAUUUCUGAGAAAAUAUGAGAAUUUUUUUUCACCAGGGAAAUGCAGGAGAGAUUGGAGAGAUUUAAUUAAUUGCGAUUAACGCUAACUGACAUUGGUACAACGGGCCUACAUCGUACGAACGCAUCGUGGGCCGAAUUAUUUAAAUUUAAGGCGUGCAACGUUCGCCUGCAUAUCACUCGCACGAUUGUUUUUUUUUUUUUUGCAAAUGAUGCGCGGAAGAUAGAUACCUUGAUGCUCCUUUAACGAACUAAAAAUUAUAAUAAAAAAAACGAAAAAGCGUAUCUCGAGAGAGAUGUACGAAGGGACCCGAUGUCUUGUAGGUACAUUAACGUCGCCGUUAACGUAUUCUAUUGAGAAAUUCCCUUGUCCUGUCAUAUAAACUCCAACAUUUCGGUUAUUCGAUCGAGAAGCUCGAGUGUAGGAUUAUUUCUCACAAAUAUUAAAUUAUUCUCAUCUCUUUCUCUUUCUCUCUCUUUCUCGCUUUCUCUCCAUUCUUUUUCCAAUUAUUUCGCGCGGCAAUAUCUGCGAAGCACGGCGUGAUCGCAUUUCCCUAUUUAAUAACUGUACCUGUCUAAAGCGUGUCGUUUAAUUAAAUCUAUUUUCUACGCUCUGUGCCAGCGUCGUGUUUGGCGUUUUACAUGACAGAUAAGGUCCCGGAAAUCGCGUGUGAAAAAACGCGGCACGUUGCCGCCCCGGGAUACGACCGGGCCGCAAGAAGGAGGAAAACACAUUGGAGAUUGCGCGACACUUUAACUCUUUUCCAAACAAAAAAAAAAGAAAUAUGUAGCCUUAGAACUCCGUUUCUCUCGUUCCUUUCACGCGAGCGUCGCCCGAUGGAUGUGACGUCGUAUCUUCUUGAGGAUGAAAAAAAAACCGUACAGAAAAUAUAAUAAAUGCAUCGGAAAUAUGUGCGUAUGUGUGUAUGUGUGUGCCUCCCAUCCAAUUUUGCAGAUCUAAAAGGAGCCGGGGAUUCGUGUUUCGCCCAUUUUUUGCGUAACGGAGAAGAUCGCAAGAAUUAAAGAGACUCAUUAAAACUCGUUUUUAAUGAUCGCCGUAGAAAAAGUUGACGAAUUAUAAAUUGAUUGCACAUUAAAACCUGUCGGCCUUCUUCAAGCGGAGGUACACUCCGGACGAAACGCUUCUCCGCUGAAGAAAGUUACGACCGUGAGAAUAACGCUUCCCAAUAAAAGUUGCCUUCCGACUCGUAAUUUGCCGUAUAAUUAUCUUUUCGUAAUACACGCCGAGAAAUGCUUGCGGUAAGUAACUACUAAGGACAUUCAAAAUAUCCAAAAUCCGAGAGCCUUCGAGUAAUAAAACCAAAGCCUAACGCGUCGAAAAUGCUAUCACGACGCAUUGAUCUCCAGAUUUUAUUUUACGAAGCGAAUCUUUCGCGAAGAAGUCUUAGAAAUUCGGGAAAUUUGGGAGAGAGGUGUACUUUUUCAGUUCGUUCGUCACGCGUUGUUUUAGAUUGAUUGCUAUAUCAUAAAAUGAAAGAAAAAGAGAGAGAGAUAGGAUCAAGGAGAUGAUCCUUGGAGCACAUCCAUCCGGGCGACGUCCGUCAGCAAGAGCCGCGAUGAGAGCCGUAGUCUCGGACUUAAAUAAUUCUCGCGGCGUUCGAGAAAUGGCAUUCAACGACGAUGGAAGAGAACUGUACAUACACACGUGCGUUUAUUAUUACCUACUUACUACUACGAGACUUACUUCUAAGAUCUUUUGGCUAAAAUACUUUAUAAAAGCGAGACUCUCUUGCGCAUGGAGAACGAUAUAUAAAAAUGAAAAAGAGCGAGGUCACUGCAUCGCAUUGUUUAGCGCCAUUGUGACUCUAUCCCCUUCUUAAAAGAAUAAGCAUGUACACAUAUGUGCAUGAACACGUACGCAUAUAUGUAUAUACUUAUUGUAUUUGUUUAUACAUAUAUAUAUAUACAUGACACGCGCGUAUAUAAGACGCAUCGGUACUAUUAUUAUCAUUAUUAUGGUUACACGGUUCUUAUCAUUAUUGAUAUCGUCUUCACUAUUAUAAUUAUCAUUGUCGUGUGAAGAGAGAAUACGAUGAGUAAUUAUUAUAUAAACAAAAAAUAAAUGAAAGGAAACUCUUACUUAUACAUAUAAUUAUAAAUACGUCAUGACGAUAUAUUCGUAAAAACGAUUAAUUAUUACGGUAAACGUAACGACAUUAUUAUUACUAUUAUAAAUAACACCCUAUUCCCCCAUCUGUUGUGAAUGUUUACGUUGUUUUAUGAUAUUUAGAAUAUUCUAAAAAUAAAGUCUAUAAUUUCCACGAACUCGUGUCGUUCAAAACACAUUUCCCAAAAUAUUCCACAGGGAUCCGGUGCCGCAGAGGCGAUAAAUAGAAGCGGCGCGAGCGCGGCGAUUGUUCACCGCACCACACGUCACGUCACGUCACGUCACGUUGCUCACGCCUCGCCUCGCCUCGCCUCGCCAUCGGUCUUCACAUCGGGACUGUCAACUGUCAAGGAGUCCUCCGUCGACGGCGCCGAAAAACCGUCCUCCGGGGAGAAUUGGCGUGCGUGCGUGCGCGUGGACCCAGGAAUAUGUGACGCGCGGGACCGGAACGCAACGCGCGUUAUCGGUCAGUGCGUCGGUGGGAUCAGUGGAGAGACGAGAGGCCCCGUCGUUCCGCGUCGCUCCUCCGUGACGCGUAUUUCCCGUGCACGGCUGCUUCGACGUGCCCGCGCCCCCGACGAGGGAAGCUGCCGCCCGAAGAUGUCAUUCGAGGGGAAGUACAACGCGAAGAGCCCGGCGGUGAAGAGGUUAAUGAGGGAGGCACAAGAGCUGCACGAGGCUACCGAAGAGUAUUAUGCGUCUCCUCUCGAGGACAACCUGUUCGAGUGGCAUUUCACGGUGCAAGGGCCACCGUCCACGGACUUCGAGGGUGGCGUUUAUCAUGGGAGGAUCUUGCUACCGCCGGAGUACCCUAUGAAGCCACCAAAUAUCAUCCUGUUGACACCAAAUGGACGUUUUGAAAUAAACAAGAAGAUAUGCCUGAGCAUCUCCGGCCAUCAUCCUGAAACGUGGCAACCGUCGUGGAGUAUUAGAACAGCGUUGCUGGCUCUGAUAGCUUUCAUGCCCACGCCUGGAAGCGGCACGAUCGGCGCAUUGGAUUACAGCACGGAGGAACGGCAAAAGCUUGCUAAAAAAUCGCUGACCUGGCAGUGCGAUACGUGUGGUAAAGUCGUGAGUUUGUUGUCCAAGAACUCGGUUAAGAAACCCAUCACCGAGGAGGAGCAAACCAUGCUGAAAACAAUUGCUCUCAAAGCUGACGAUUCACCUACGUCGGAAGUAUCAUUCACGAAUAAUAUGGAAAAUGUGUCCGAGAGCGAGGUGCGGCAUCGUAACGUGGAACCGAUUCCGACAGAAAAUGCAGACCGUCAACAACCUGAGAUUAUUCUAAAUCGCGUAGAGACAAUGUCCUCUUCGAACGAUUUAUUUUGGAGUAUUCUUAUCGCUUCUUUAGUAUCCGCAAUUAUUUUGUUGAUUUUACGGCGAUUAUUUCUUGUUUAACUUAUUUGUUUUUUGCGAAAUACGGAAACAUGGCAUGAAAACAGUAAAUUUUAUACACGUUUUAUGAAUAUCAUUUUUAAGCUUACAAAGAAAAUAAUCGUGUUCAUAUUGUUGAAUGAAUACUGCGAACCAUCUGAUUUUUCAUGAAAACGUGUAUAAUACAUGACGAAAGUACAUGCAUUAGUAUAUAUUAGUACAUCCAUAUUGUUCUUACAAGCAUUUGACUUAUACCUCCCACAUAUAAUUUCAUUACUGAAAUGAGAAGUUAAAAUAAAUGAAUUUUCAAUUCGAUCAUUAAAUUACACGUACUAGUCGCUUGCUUUUGUUAACGAUAUAGUAUUGAAAAAUAAAUUAUUAUUUAUCCAACAUUUAUCAUAUAUUUUAUUUU